AAAGGUUGUCGUCUCCGAGUUUUUGGAACUUGCUUCGACACAGCGAUGGACUCCCGCUUUGCCCGUCUCCGGACAGACCCGCGCUUCCGUCGCCCUAGAAAAGAGAAAUCAAAGGUUGUCGUCGACCAACGAUUCAAAGCAGUCUUCCAGCCAAAAAGCUCAAAAGGACGCGUCGACAAGUACGGGCGCCCGAUUUCUGCUACCCAAGAUCACGAGGAUCUUCGACGUUUCUACCGUCUAGAGAAAGAAGAGGAGCCUACUUUGCCUGACUAUGCCCGUGGAGAGGCUUUGCUCGAAUCUUCAGACGAGGACGAUGAAUCCGAGUCGGAAACGGGGAGCCACCGCUCCGACCCUAUCAACCUCACUGCUCAACAUGACACGGAGGUUGACUUGGACGAGACUGAUUUCGCCGACCUGGAUGCACAAGCAGCCGAGUACUCAAAAGCACAUCCGGAUAAAAGCGACGCAGAAACAGCCCAGACGAAUCGAUUGGCAGCUGUCAACCUCGACUGGGACCAUGUCCGUGCUGCACAUCUAUUCAAAAUAUGCUCGUCUCUUGUUUCUCCAACAGCUGCACCACUCAAACUCAAGAAGAAGUCUGAGGCUUCCGCUCAGGGGGGCUCUCGUGUAGCUCGUGGGACCGUAACUAGCGUGCGAAUAUAUCCCAGCGAGUUUGGUCAAGAACGAAUGGCUCGGGAGGAGCGGGAGGGACCGCCGCCAGAGAUCUUCAAAAAAACGACUGCAGACGAGGAGGACGUCAACGAGAGAAAUAUUUAUAAUGUCGGCGAUGGAAAUGACUAUGACGACGAUGCUCUCAGAAAAUAUCAACUUGAACGACUGCGGUAUUUUUAUGCAGUCAUUACGUGCGAUACUGUUGAGGCAGCUGCUCACAUCUACUCUGAGCUCGAAGGGACCGAGCUUGAACGCUCGGCAAAUACCUUCGACCUCAGCUUUGUGCCUGAUGGAAUGACAUUCGAUCAGGAAUUCAGAGAUGAGGCUACUGAAGAAGCUAGUACUGACUACAAAGGUGUUGAUUUCGUCACAGACGCUUUGCGGCAUUCAAAAGUCAAAUUAACUUGGGACGAUGACGACCCCGAAAGAAAUCGCAUUACCCGUCGUACUUUGACGCGCAAAGAAAUCGAGGAAAAUGACUAUAAGAACCUCCUAGCGUCAUCUUCAGAGGACGAGUCAGAAGGUGAACAGCGACUCUCACGCGACAAAUUGCGCUCCUUGUUACUCGACAAAGCUGGAGACGAGCUUCCGGAGGGUUGGAAUCGAGAUGAGGACAAGGGCGACGUUGACAUGGAAAUCACCUUCACACCUGGAUUGUCCGAUAUCAAAAGCACUGGUGACGAGACUACUCUUGAAAAGUACCAACGCAAGAUGAAAGAGAAGCGGAAACAGAAGAAGGCGGAAAAUAGUGCUGCUAAACCAGACACGCCUGACGAGUUCUUUGAAGACGAGGAAACGGGGAAAGGGGAUAAACCAACCCGAACUGCCUCGACUGCCGAGGAACUUUCGCUGCUUAUAACAGCCGGAAAUUCAGCCUCGGAACCUAAGCAUUUCGAUAUGAAGGCGAUUGUCAAAGCAGAGAAGGAAGCGAAACGGAAAGGGAAAAAGAAGAGGAAAUUGAAUGAUGUUGAAGGGAACGAGAUGCAAGAGGACUUUUCUAUCGACGUUCACGACGCACGGUUUGCCGGCCUUCACGAGGACCAUGCAUUCGCAAUCGACCCCAGUAACCCACAUUUCAGAAAGACUGAGGGAAUGGCAGCACUUCUUGACGAGCGUGCCAAGCGUCAAAAACAAAAAAGAGACAUGGGUGAAAAGAAGCGGUCCAACGACCCUAGUGGGCGAACACUGGAGAGCUUGGUCGAGAGUGUCAAAUCCAAGAGUGUGGGUUCGAAUGGAAAGCGUCGCAAGAUGCAAUAG